GCCUGUCCCGGCGCGGGGCUCGCCCUCAGCGCGGAGCGCGGCCCGGGCUCGGCCCGGUCCUGGCCCGGGAAUCUUUUAAUUCCCUGCAAAGGCGAACCAGCCCCGGGAGCUCCCCCCGCGGCGCUUGCCGGGCGUGGGAAAGGAAUAACUGGGACUCGCUCCCGUUUUUCCUGCUUUUCCCGGGGUUUUGGGACCCGCUGUGCUGCGGGACAUCCCGGGAGGGGGAGUGGGGGUGAGGGAGCCUUUCCUGCCCUGGAAAGAUCCUGAAAAAAAUUCCUGGGAAAAAACCCAUUUCCAGUGCUUAGGAGUUUCCCUGGAAAUGAGGAAUUUCCCGGGAAUUCUCUCCUUGAACCCCAAUCCCGGGCAGAUGUUUCCCGCCGGGCUCGGGCUCUAGGAUGUUGGAGAGCCGAGAGGAAGAGCUGACCACGGUGCGGGUGCAGGAUCCGCGCGUGCAGAACGAGGGCUCCUGGAAUUCCUACGUGGAUUACAAGAUCUUCCUGCACACCAACAGCAAGGCCUUCACCGCCAAGACCUCGUGCGUGCGGCGCCGCUACCGCGAGUUCGUGUGGCUGCGGCGGCAGCUGCAGAGGAACGCCGGGCUGGUGCCGGUGCCGGAGCUGCCGGGAAAAUCCGCGUUCUUCGUGGGAAGCACGGAUGAGUUCAUCGAGAGGCGCCGCCAGGGGCUGCAGCUCUUCCUGGAGAGGGUGGUGCAGAGCGCCGUGCUGCUGUCCGACAGCCGCCUGCACCUGUUCCUGCAGAGCCAGCUGCCCGUGCCCGCCAUCGAGGCGUGCGUGCAGGGCCGGGGCCCGCACUCGGUCACCGAGGCCAUCCUGCACUACGCCAUGGCCUGGGGACAGCGCGGGGACGGCGCGGCGCUGCCCGCAGCCAGCUGUGCCAGCCUGGGGAGCGCCCAGGGCUGCCUGGAGAGCUUCCCCUACUGGGGUGACUUUGGCAUGGACGAGGCGCGGCCAGAGAGCCCGGAGCGCCCGGCCGGACACGGAGUGACCCCUCUGGAGAGCCCGGAGUGCCCAGCUGGACACGGAGUGACCCCCAAGGAGAGCCCGGAAUUCCCAGCUGGACACGGAGUGACCCCCCAGGAGAGCCCGGAAUUCCCAGCUGGACACGGAGUGAUCCCUCUGGAGAGCCCGGAGUGCCCAGCUGGACACGGAGUGACCCCUCUGGAGAGCCCGGAAUUCCCAGCUGGACACCCAGUGACCCCUCUGGAGAGCCCGGAGUGCCCAGCUGGACACGGAGUGACCCCUCUGGAGAGCCCGGACACCCAGUGACCCCUCUGGAGAUCCUGGAAUUCCCAGCUGGACACGGAGUGACCCCUCUGGAGAGCCCGGAGUGCCCGGCUGGACACGGAGUGACCCCUCUGGACACCCCCAGGCCCCGCCGCCCUCGCUGGGAGAGGGAUCAGCGUGGAGCCACUGGGAUGGCUGCACUGGGAGCACUGGGAGCACUGGGAAUGCGGCCCAGCCGUGGCUGAGCUCCCUCCCAGCACAUUCCCGAUAUUCCCUGAUAUUCCCAGCGGUGUUUUCCUCACUCUGCUCCUGCUCCACUCCCUCUGGAAUUCCCAAACUGGGCUCAAAUCCCUCUGGAAUUCCCAAACUGGGACAGUCGGAGCCGAGCUUCCCGCGGGGACAAGGGAGGGAUGGGGCUGGAAUUUGUGUCCCCUUCCCCCCGGGGCUGUUCCCGGGGAAUUUUUGGGAAGCAGGAGCAGCUCGGGGGUUUUGGUGUCUUCCCCUCCCUCAGCACUUGGUGUGGGCAGGAAAUAAAAAUGGUUAAAAAUUAAAAUAAAUGAAUAAAAUUCA